GCUAAAUUGAACGGCUCUUUCACAGAUGCGAUUCGGUUCUUGAUCCAUUGAAAAAGAGCCGUUCGUCCGAGAACGACCAUACACUAGCUCAGAGUCCACCAUGUGGAGACGUUGAAAUAUGAAAGCGUUUGUCACCUGCUAAGAAACAUCAAUGAAUAAGGUCUGGUCUGGAAUCACAGAGCUGGAUUCUGAUGGACAUAGCCUACAGUAUGCUGAAAUUUCGGUUUGGUCUUCUAAUAUUCUUUGCAGUGGUAUGUUUAUAUUGGACAUGGUCCAUAUAUAUCAAAUUGAAUACAAACAAAUACCCUGCAAAAACACAUUGGCAAAUUCUCAUAAGUGAUCAAACAAUAACUCAGAUUAAAGACACAAAGCAUUUAAUGGUGUCUGCCUACAAAGACCACAGAGUGGAUGGAGCAAUCCGCAUCAUUAGUAUAAUCAGAAGAGAUGAUCUCCAGCCACUUCAUUGUUUUUUCUGUGGUGGACAUGGCUGCUUUCCUGCCUCAGUGGCACAGGUGGAGAUGCACAGCGACCAUUUUGGAUUCCCCUUUGUGACCACAGAUGUGCUGUGCCAGAGUCCAUCGAUGUAUAAUGUGACACAUGUCACUAUAUCAAUACAUUCAGAUAUCAAAGCCACCCAAAACCAGCACUUCCUGUCCAUACAAAACAAAGAACUGAGAGAGGAGAAGAUAUUACCAUACAACUUUACAGUGUGCAUCUCCAACCUUUUCGGGGGCUAUAACAAUGUCCUGCAGUUUGUCCAAACUAUGGAGAUGUACAAACUCCUUGGGGUGCAGAGAGUUGUUAUCUAUAACACCAGCUGUGGUCAGGACUUGGAACCAGUGUUAGUUCACUACAGGGAAGAGGGUAUACUGGAAAUAGUAGAAUGGCCGAUUGAUCAGUUCCUCAACCCAUCCAAAGGCUGGAGGUUUGAGGAGCACAAAGGAGAUCUCCACUACUAUGGGCAGCUGACCACUCUGAAUGAAUGCAUCUAUAGAUACAUGUACCAGUCGAAGUAUGUACUUCUUCAUGACAUUGAUGAGAUCGUGAUGCCUUACCAACAUGCCAAUUUGCAUCUACUGCUGGAGGACCUUCAACACCAGCACCCCAGAGUAGGAGUCUUCGUCAUCGAGAACCACAUAUUCCCCAAAAACCAUUACGAAGACAGUGGCAAGUUCAAACUGCCACAAUGGAGGGAAAUUCCAGGGAUCAAUAUCCUGGAGCAUAUUUACAGAGAACCCUCGAGAGAAGCUGUUAUCAACCCUACCAAACUGAUUGUCAACCCUAGACAUGUAGUACAGACAUCUGUUCACUCUGUGCUGAAGACUUUAGGGGAGACCUUCUGGGUACCACCUGAUGUGUGUCGGCUAGUACACGUCAGAGUUCCCCUGCAAGGGAGCCUCACUAAAGAUCAGCUGCUUGUGGACAAAAAGCUGUGGGAAUAUGAAAAGGAGCUGGUUCAAAAUGUUGACAACACUUUAAGGAAAUCUGGACUGUUGCUUUGAUGAAGCAAAUCUGAUUUUGACAUUCUUUUGUCAUUUUUGUUUCUUGGCCUAUUUCAUAUGAAUAAUAGUCUGUUUUGCUCUAGCCAAGCCUUGACGACUCGUUAGUAGGUAAGGUCAGCCACAUCCCAACUCAGCAGAAAAUGACUGCACGAUGAAAUGAAGGAGAGUGAAUGGACAAUUAUUGCAUUAUGAUUGUCCCUGAUGUUUUCCUGAGCUUUCCAAUACCUACCUGAUGCAUUUCAGACACUACAAACCAUACUUCCUUCUGAUUUAUUUUUGGCCUAUAUCUUAUUUUGCUAUGUAUUUGUGUGUUAUUCAGUGCGUUGCUAUGAGUUAAUAGCGUUAAGGCUAAAUUCAAUGUUUCAUAAAAAUACAAAUAAAUAUAUUUGUUUCUUAUACCCCCAGGGGUCCUAAAAUAAAACAGCUAGAUGGUCCAUGUAAUUAUUAUCUUAAAACAUUUCCAUAUGUUAGGGUAGUAAAUCAGACACAAAUGGCUUAGAUUCUCAGUUUUGACACUUUGGUUAACUCUGUUUGUCAUUUAUUUGAAAAACCUGUUUUAACUUGUCCCAAGGACCUCCCCUUGUGUAUAAAAAAAGGUGGCGUUAUAUUAAAGGAUGUAAAGUUUUCAACCAAUUAUCAAUAAUUUACUGAAUAAUUAGUAACAUUAACAUUAAUUUCCAUUUGACAUUUGUGUGUAUGGGUGUGUACUAUUACUGUUUGUCAGAGUGUAUCAUUAUUUUUUUAAGUGAUUUUAAUUGGAAAAAACUUAAAUAUGUUAAUCUGAUUCCUCUCUUCCUGUUCACAAACACCCGGAGGUGGACUGGCCAUCACAAUUCGGCCUCAAAGGGAAAAAAGGAUUUAUCAGCAAACAAAAACUCCUAAUGUGUAUUCACCAUCAGUUAUACCCACAUGCAUUUAUAACUGUCACUUUAGUGUUAAUUUCCAUACAUAUUGCCUCAUUCCAUUACAUCUUUUACUUUCCUUUCCUCUGUCACAUUCGUGUGAUUGUUCCUGAGGUUCGCUAGCAAUAGUGGAACAUAUGGCUAACACAUUACAAUUUGGCCAAUACAUUUGUGGCAAAUGCCAGAUGGGCUGGUCCAUUUUUAGCCCAAUGGGCAUGUCUAUCUUGUGGUUUUUUUGUGCAAAAUGGUAAUUAUCUUUUUAAUACUGGGACCUUAAGGAAAAACGAUAUAUACCCUCAAACGAAAAACUAGUGUAUAUACAUUUUUUUAAUUCAAUAAUAAAGUUUAAUUGACAUUCUGACUCUGACCUAUUUCUACUUUAGAGAUUUUGAAACCUGGGAUGACUCACAAUGACUGACUUGGAGGUGAAUACUUAAUGAUGGUGACUCAAGGCUCUUUGGGGGUAAUUCCGAGGAGUUAAGCAUGCAUAAAUGGUCGUGUAUGCACUUUUCUCUCUACGAGUAUUCUGACCUUGAACUUAAACAUGAGAAUAACAUGCUAUUCACCUGAUAUUUGUUUGGGGUGGAGACCGAUAUUUGUUUGGGGUGGAGAUCAAAGAAAUGAGGGUGUUUCUACAGAUACGCAAUAUUCUGACCUGGACUUAAUUCCCUCAUAAUUCUACCACCUUUAUGGAACUGUGAUGACAAUGGUCCAGUCGUCGUGAACCGUGCUCCAGGCUUCAGGUUUAAACUGCUAUGUAUGGUAUGUGUUGCAUAAUGAUUCAAAUAGGCUACAUGUCCUAAAUUAUUGCACAAAUUAGCCAUAUGAUAACUGUUAAUAUGUUAGCCAUAUGAUCCACUAUUGCUAGUGAACUUCAGGAACAAUCACACAAAUGUGACAGAGGAAAAAAAAGGUGAACGAUGUAAUGGAAUGAUGAACAUUUUAAGGAAAAAUUAGUGACAGAAAUAAAUGAAUGUGGGUAUGAGAGAGACGCCUAAGACAGUGCUACAGGACGGACAGCCAAUCUUCCUCGCAGUGGCAGACCACGUGUAACAACACCUGCACAGGAACGUAUGGUGGAAAAAUUGCAAGAUUAUGUUAUAAUACUUUUAUUGCAUCAAAUGGUUGUUUUAUUCAACAGAAUAGAGUAUUAUAUAUAGAUAUAGAUAUAUAUAUAUAUAUAUAUAUAUAUAUAUAUAUAUAUAUAGAUAUGUUGUGUGUGUUCUGCUGAGGAUGGGCCUCUGGGAGAUAACACUGACAGGAGAUUUACGAUGUCUUUUGGGUGAUAAAACCUAAAGAACAUUCUAGAGCAUGAGUUAAUGUUUCUGUUCUAUACGGGGCCAGACACUGGUCUCUACACAAUAAACUGUAGACACAGCAGAUACUGUCUGCUAUGUAUUAUAGGUAUCUUUCAUACAAAUCUUAACCUUGUGACCCAUUCAAUUUAUAUCUGUUUGUCAUGUAGGUUGGAAGGGGUGUAUCCUGGCUAGAAAAGACCUUUGUACUGUUGUCUCGUGGCUCUCAACGAAUCAUCUGAGUGUGAAUCGUCGACCAGCCAUGACCAGCCAUCAUUAUCGUAGAGCACUCAAUCGAUUCACUUUAUAUGCGUGCGUUGUA